AUGGGGAGAGGUAGAGUGGAGCUGAAGAGGAUAGAGAACAAGAUAAACAGGCAGGUGACAUUUGCAAAGAGGAGAAAUGGGUUGUUGAAGAAAGCUUAUGAGUUAUCUGUGCUCUGUGAUGCUGAGGUUGCUCUCAUCAUCUUCUCUAACCGUGGCAAGCUCUACGAGUUUUGUAGCACAUCUAACAUGCUCAAGACCCUGGAAAGGUAUCAGAAGUGCAGCUAUGGUGCAGAAGAAGUCAAUAAACCAGCCAAGGAGCUCGAGAGCAGCUACAGGGAGUACUUGAAAGUGAAAGCAAGAUUUGAGGCCCUACAACGAACUCAAAGGAACCUUCUUGGAGAGGACCUCGGACCUCUGAAUACCAAAGAGCUUGAGCAGCUCGAGCGUCAGUUAGAGUCGUCAUUGAACCAAGUUCGGUCAACUAAGACCCAGUAUAUGCUCGACCAACUUGCUGAUCUUCAAAAUAAGGAACAUCUGUUGCUGGAAGCUAACAGAGGUUUGACAAUAAAGCUGGAUGAAAUCAGUGCAAGAAAUAGCCUCCGACCAUCAUGGGAAGGUGAUGAUCAGCAAAAUAUGUCCUACGGCCACCAGCAUGCUCAGUCUCAGGGGCUAUUCCAGGCUUUAGAAUGCAAUCCCACUUUGCAAAUAGGCUAUAUAUAUCCUAAUCCUCUUUCUGUUUGUUCAUAUGGUGAAAACAGCUACAACCCUGUUGGUUCAGACCAGAUGACUGCAACAACACAUGCCACCCAGCAAGUCCAUGGGUUCAUUCCAGGAUGGAUGCUUUGA